AUGGAAAUAGCAAUGGAUGAUACAACAAGUUUAAGUAGUUUGAAUUCAGCUGAUUUUAUUCUUAUUGGCAAAGAACCGAAACUACAAGUAGCAGCUGGCGGUGGAAGUACAGAUCUUGAAAAAAAUAUGGCUGAAAUAUUAAAUGAGUCUACAGAUUCGUCUCAGUUUGAGAAAACAUUAGUUGUCACUCCACCCACUUCAUUACCUUCAUCACCCGACGACACUGCCCAAAAUAGUGGCGAUAAUAAUACGACCCCAAUUGGAUCGAUGAAUGAUAGUAAUCAAUUUGAAGAACAUCAGAAAAAAUUAAAUGAACAUGAAAUCAAUAUUGAUAACAACGAUGAUACAAGUUCAAUUGCAUCUUCGACAGCUGGUGAUUUAACUCGUCCAAUUCAAAAUGCACGUCCUUAUUUGGGUAAUAGUGUUCUAUUUCAUGGUGUGACUUAUUUGGGAUCUGCAAGUAUUAAUGCACCAAGAAGUGAAGAAGAAUUAAAUAGAAAUAUGGCUAUAUUAAAUGAACAAAGUAAAAUGUCAAUUGAAGUAACGCUAUGCGUACCUGAUUCAGCCGAAGGACUAGUUAGGAAAAAACCAAUUCGAUAG